UGAAUACAGCGUCCCGUCGCGCGCAGGUACGCGCUGCUGUGUGUGGACACAUGCGUUGAGUGUCUUGCCGUUUGUGUGUGUUGCCGGUUUGCUUGAAGUGUUGGAGAGUCCGUCAUAGGAUGUUUACACUUUGAAGAGCAUUCACUGCCUGAAUAGUGAAGAUGCUCAAGUUCAUCACAAAGAAGUCCCAGCACGUCAGUGCUGAGAGGCUCAAGGUGCAGCGGGAGCUGUUUGCCUUCAACAAGACUGCCUGCCAUGGGUUUCCUCACUGCCCUACAGCCCUGGCCUGGGACCCCUUCCUGGAGCUUUUUGCCAUUGGGACCAAGACAGGGUCACUCAGAGUCUACGGAGCCCCUGGUGUUGAGUAUGUGGCCGAACACGAUGCCAGCAGCCCUGUGAUUGAGCUGCACUUCGUGCCUAAGCAGGGACGGUUGAUCACCCUUCUGGAGAACAACACUCUCCACCUGUGGGAGAUCAACAUCAAGGGUGGAGAGGACUCGGUACUCGAGCAUGUUGAGUCCUGCACAGUCGAUUCGAAGCUUCGCAUAUUCACCUGUUCCGUCCAGUCCUCUGGAGAUCACCUGUACCUGGGCACUGAAGGAGGCAACAUUCACUUGCUGGACAUCAAGUCAUUCCAGAUGACCGACAUCAUCUAUCAAGAUCUCGUUACACAGAAUGUUCCUGAAGACUACAAGAUCAACCCCGGCGGUGUGGAGGCGAUCGCAGAGCACCCUUUGGACCCAAACAAGAUGGUCAUUGGCUACUCGAGGGGUCUUAUGGUGCUGUGGGACAAUGAGUCGCUCAACGCUGACCAGACCUACAUCUGCAACAAGGAUCUCCACUCGGUGUCGUGGCAUGGAAGUGGCACCAAGUUUAUGAGUGCCCACAACGACUGCAGCUAUUUCGUCUGGAGCGUCAACAGCUCCAAGGCCAUCGAAUCCAUGGAGCAGUGUUACGGUCCUUACCCUUGCAAAGCCAUCAACAAGAUCCUCUGGAAGCGUACCACCGGCAAGGAUGACUUCAUCAUCUUCUCGGGUGGCAUGCCUCGAGCCAACUAUGGCGACCGUCACACGGUCUCGGUGAAGCACGGUGAGACUUCCAAAGUAUUGGAUCUCACUUCCAAAGUGGUCGACUUCUUCACCGUGGAUAAGGAGGCGGACGACCCAGAGACCGCAGAGCCCGUGGCGCUGGUCAUUCUGGCCGAGGAAGAGCUGGUGGUGGUGGACCUUGUCUCGGACGACUGGCCCAGCUUCGCUUUGCCGUGCCUGUCGAGCCUGCACUCCUCGGCCAUCACGUGCACGAACCACUUCUGCAACGUGCCCCAGGACGUCUGGGACAAGCUGCUCGAGGAGGGCCGCAAGCAAACGGUCCAGUGCUCAACGAAGCCCUGGCCGCUGGUGGGUGGCCGCGUGACGUGCGAGGAGCCGAGUCAGCAUGAUCUACUGGUGACCGGCCACGAGGACGGCUCCGUGCGCUUCUGGGAUGCCUCCGGUUCGAGCUUGCGGCAGCUGCUGACCCUGAGGACUGCGCGCCUCUUUGGGGCGGGAGAUGGUCCCUCCAGCUUCCACGCUGCGCCGGACGAGGAGGAGGAAGAGGAGUGGCUGCACUUCCACAAAGUGGGCACAUUUGACCCGUACAGUGACGACCCCCGCCUGGCGGUGAAGAAGGUCCUCUUCUGCCUGCAAACAGGGCGCCUUGUGGUGGCCGGCACCGCAGGUCAAGUGGUCUGCUUCAGCUUCAAUCCGGAAGAGUCCGAAGUCACUCCCGAGGCCGUGCAGCUGAAUUUUGUGGGCGACCGCGACAGCUUCGUGUGGAAGGGCCACGACGCCCUGCAAGUGAAGAACGCCGCCGUCAAGUCCGAGGCCGGCUUCCACCCCGACCUUGUGCUGCAGCUAGCGCCACCUGCUGGAGUCACCGCUCUCGCACUGCACUCCAAGUGGGGCCUUAUUGCCGCCGGCACAGCCCAUGGAUUUGGAGUCCUGGACUAUGUACAGAAGAAAGUGGUUGUGUCGAAGUGCACGCUGAAUCCGAACGGAGAGGAGAGGAAGAAGGCAGCACGUCUUCUGCGGUGGCCAGCCCUGCAUCUCGACACAAUGAGUCCGCCAUCGACCCCGGCUCACCCCUCUCGGAGGCCAAACCCGUCGAGCGCCAGGUGGAAGCGCGCUCCACGGACGACGCCCUUUCGUCCAUGGUCCGGUGUCUGUGCUUCUCGAGCAGCUUCAUCCUUCACAAUGCAGCGACGACACCAACCCUCUGGGCAGGCACCAACUCUGGUGCCAUCUUUGUUUACACCCUUGCCUUCCCCCCCAGUGACAAGCGGGACUCUGAUCCAGUUCAGUGCACCCUCGGCAAGGAGAUCCACCUGAAGCACAAGGCCCCCGUGAUAUCCAUUCACAUCAUUGACGCUCGUGGCUACCCCAUUGCGGACCCAUUUGAGGAGGAGCCCAAGGGCCUGGUGCCACCGCAGAGGGUACUCAUCUGCUCUGAGGAACAGCUGAAGGUUUUCACACUGCCCAACCUGAAGCCCUUUGGCAAGCUAAAACUGACAGCGCACGAGGGAGCUCGGCUGCGCAAGGCGGCCAUAGCACGCUUCCAGAGCCGCAGUGACCCUGCCCGCACCGAGUACUGCCUGGCGGUGCUCUCGAACUUGGGUGAGGUGGCACUUCACUCACUGCCCGACCUGCGCCGCCAGAUGCUCGAGGCUUGCCUGCGCCGUGAGGACAUCAAUGGCAUAUGCAGUCUCGUGUUCACCAAGGACGGGGAGGGCUUCUACCUGAGCUCGCCAUGCGAGUUCGAGCGAUUCUCCUUGUCGGCCAAGCGAAUGGUGGCCCCCCACUGCCAGGUGGACCUUCCUGAAGGGGCUCGACCUCAGCCCCCGCAGCCCCAGGAACCCCAAGGGGGCAAGGAAGAAGAGAAAGUAGAGGCAGCAGCGCCUGCCGCGUCGGCCACCGAGGGGGAGGAGCUGAAGGAAGCCGACAGCAAGGCCGCAUCCACCAGCGAAGCCAAGCCCGAGGAAGCGACGGAGACGGCAGAGAAGAAGCCUGAGCUGUCCUCCUCGGCUGCCACGUCCCCGACGUCACCAAAGGAGGAGUCAUCAGAAGGCGGCGAUGACGACAAAGGUGGUCUGGACUCCCCGCCAGACAGUGGCAUCAGCAGUCUGGUGAUAACCAAGAACGAGUCAAACUUCACCACCACCACAAGCACGGUGGGCGACCUGAAGUCCCUCGAGCUGGACGACCUGCUACCUGCCGACCACGAGGCACUGGCCGACAAGCUGCGCUCCGAGUGCAAGAUCGAGGUGGUGCGCGAGAAGCGCACUGUUGUCGUCGUACGAGAGGAGACGCUCGUCAAUGGGAGUUCUCCUACAAAUUGAACCAGCCUUCAUCAGCUAGCACCCGCCGCUUGGAGCUGUAUCGUAUUUUCACACCAUGCGCAUUUGUUUUUUCAUUAUUUUGUUUUUCUUCCUCUCCGCAUGAUUGUUUUUCAUAUGCAGCUAGUUCCUCCUAGCAACAGGCGCGUUUUUUUUUUUUUUUUUAAAUCUCCCCCUGUUACUUGUUGGUCUCCCCGUUUUUAAGCCAUUGUUUUUUUUUUUCUUUUAUUGGUUUAAGGAACAAAGCACUGUUGCAGAGCACAGGUGUGCACAGAUGCACCACACAGACACACACACACAAAACGCAUUCGUGCACGUUAGUUCGCGGCCGUGCACAUACCCAGCACGCUGAUGCGCACGUCUAGCACCAUGGACAAGAAGACUUAGGCGUGCGAGACAGAAUGGGGGAGUAAGGAGCAGCUGUGCCGUACAGUCGGCUGCGAAAGUACGAGGGACGUCGAGAUUUCGCAAAAAAAAAAAAAGCCUAGAUCUCACGAAGCUUGGGCAGCAUCGUAGCCUCGAUUUCGAGGUAUCGUUGCCAUCUACCUACACAUUUUGAUGCGUUGAAAACAUUAUGCCUGAACUCGGCAGAAAUUCGCAUUUGACGCGGGAAUCGUUGCGACGCGUAAGGUUUGGUAGCCGACUGUAUGUCUUCGCGUUUUCUUCCUCCUCGCGAGAGUAGGAUUAGAAGGAACGUUUUUAUGUUGAUAUUUUUGCCCGUAGAUUGUGCCCCCACCCCUCGCGGUUUUCUAGGUGUCUCCGGCGCCCAUGCAUGACCGGGAGUCUCGGAAAAGCGUACGAACGGGGGAGGAGGGUCUUUUCCUUGUUUCGACUGUGAAAUGCACAACGUACGCACUUUUUUUUUUUUUUUUUUGCCAAGUAGUAUGCUGAUGACACCGCUGGUCGGCUGUAUUUAUGCAGCUGUGCAUGGAUCAUCUUCAAUAUUGGGAAACUCUAAAGGAAAUGCCAACUUGGGAACGUUGGCAGAAACGCCAUUCAAAUCAAGAACGGCCCGUACCAUCACACCUAGUGGCGCGUGUACUUUUCAAAUCGAGAACGGCCCGUGCCGUCACACCUAGUGGUGUGUGUACUUUUUAACAGCGAAUUCACGGAACAGACGAAGCAAUCGUUUAAUCAAUCGCUGCUCACCACAAAGGUUGUGGUUUUGUGCCUGUCCCUGAAGAACCAUACUUGCAGCAAACUGGUGACAUCAAUAAGCAAAACAGUGCGAUGCUGCAAAACGAGCUCACGAUGGCAGUUUCACAUACUGGCGUGGCGGGGCUGGCAGUAUGCUGGAACCACGUCGUGUUGAUUUUCACAAACUCUCAGUAUUGCAUCAUUCCACGUACGGCGGUCAAGACUGCAAGUACCGCAAGUGCCUUUUACCUCGGCACAAAUGCAGCAGCUUCGCGUGCUCUUGUCGCACUUUACAGUGACAGGCACCGGUAUUCGUGAUGCAGACAAAAUGCUUCUUGCUGCACCCUUCUCAGAGCCACUUCAUUGACGUGGAAAGAAAUUUGCAUAGCCUCAUAUAACUCGUUCGCAACUUGCAGUCCACUAACCCCACCUAUAAGUUACAUGCGGUCGGGGGUCAAGGAAACCUUAAUAGAACUAGACGGUAGGCAGCAAAACGAGGUCAUUGCUGAAGUGGGUUGGUUAUAAUAAGCAAUGCCGGCUAGUUUAAACCUCCGAAACAGCACUCUUUUUGCCGAGAGAGCUUUUAAAAAUUGCGUGCUGUUAUCCGGCCAGCCUUGACUGCAUUCUUUCUGUAGUUUGAACUAUUUCGUUGGUUUGAUUCUCAGCAGUAUUUCUUACAACUGUUCUCAUUGGCUGUUAUGUCGGGGCGAGUGCUGUGGUUUAACAUCGAGAUACGUUGGCACUAUGUGAGCUGAGACAGUCGCAUUCUCCGAGACACUAAGUGCCACAUAGUGAGACCAUGCAAAGUGUGCUUUCCUCGUUUAACUUUUUAUUGUUUGUGAGCCUUGUUUCCUUGAUAGAAGGAACGCACAUGCGGAAGAGAUGUGAGACUACACUGUGAACUGGGCGGAACGAAUAGCAGCUCGUCGAAUACUGUCCGCUUGUGUUCCCAAGUUUUCCUGUUUAUCGCAUUUGCACAGACGCAGUUACAUCCGCAACAUGCACGCAAUGCUGCAAGUAGGCAAGCAGUACAAGAACUUUGUAUACUACAUUAUUUACUAUAAGGACCACGUAUCGCACUUUAUUAGCUGCGGUGCCCCAUAGGGGGGCCGCUUCGUGACACGCUUUUUUGGCCUGGGCUGUUUUAGCAGCUCCCGUGUGCAUUCCUCGAUUUGUACUCGCAGCCACGACGAAGACAUUUCACGUGGUCGCAUUUCUUUCGCACCACAGGCACAGAGGGUGGGCUGCUGUACUCCCCAAUUCCACGCAGUACAGCCGAGGCAAAAGGGUAGCCAGCCUAUUGCAAAGGGUAGCCAACCUAUCAGCGUAACGAGAGCCAGAUUGCGGGUUACCUGUGAAAGUAAAAGGAAUUGGCUUUUUGCCAGUUGUCCUUCUGUAAAGGUUCCUUUCCUCAGUCGGUGAAGGCGUAGACGCCGAUCGCGUCCUUACACGAGAGGAUCCCUUUCUUUAGUUGGCUGGAAGCGAUUGUAUAGCUUUCGCUACACUGCGCAGAAUUGGCGAGAUGUGGAGUACCGAGCAUGGGUUAUCUGCUUGGUGUUCUUGGCCCCCUGUAUCUCUCAAACUAUCGGCAAGCACUUCUUGUUUUUACUCAUGCAUUUUUUUUAUGGGGGGGUGUGUGCAAGGGGUCGACAAAACACAAAUCAUCUCAUAAUCAAAAAGUGCCAUUUUUCAGCCUUCCAAAUAAGCAAAAAAAAAAGUGAAAUGGGGAGAGGAAAAACGAGCACUUCUUGGCAGUUUUUUUUAACUGGCUUUCUUUUUUUUCUCAAGAGCAAGUGGCGGUGUUUGCAUUUUUUUUUUAAAGAAAAGGUCUAUACAUACUAUAUAUAUAUAUUAACGUAUUUAAGGCUUUUUUAUUUUCUUGUUUUUCUCGUCCUAUGUUUAUUGUGCUCGUCACCACAGGUCUUUUUCGCAUGUUUAUACAGGGCAGCUCUUUUGCUGCAUGCGUGUGUGUUUACCGAGGGCAGCAGCAACAGUUUAGAUCCUUCCACAGUACGCCGCGAAUUAUGCCACGGAAAUGUCCAUAUUGGUGAUGGUGGUACAACUGCUAUACUUCAACAAGGUGUUUUUUUUAAUGCUGUAAGACUUUUUCGAGCUGUCCUUUUUUUUUUACCGGGCCAUUUUCGAAAUAAAAUGUUUGAAAAUUGUCAUA